CCUUUCAGCAGUCAUGAGUGAGGCUGAGCCAGUAGGCGAGAAGGGCCCCGCUGAAGAUGAUGGCGAGGAGUCCGUGCCGUUCAACCCUUUCCUGCAUGAGUUUGAGCCGGAAGGAUUCUGGCAGAAGGCGAGGUUCUAUAUCCUGGGUUUUACCCUGUUCCCUCUGCGUUUCCUCCUGGCUGCUAUCUUCCUCUUCCUUAUGUGGCCAAUUGCUGCCCUUCGAGUGGCUGGACUUACAGAAGAAGAGCUCAGUCGCUCUAUACGGCACCGUCGCACCAUUCUCCAUCACCUGAUUUAUCUCCUGAGUCGCACUAUGUUCUUCAUGUGCGGCUUCCACUGGAUCACCAUACGUGGCCGUCGCGCCCCUGCUUCUGAGGCCCCACUUCUGGUUGUAGCCCCUCACUCCACCUUCUUUGAUCCCAUAGUCACUGUGGUGUGUGACCUUCCAUCUGUUGUAUCCCGAGUGGAGAAUCUCAAUAUCCCAGUGAUUGGAGCACUGCUCCGUUUCAAUCAGUCCAUUUUGGUGUCCCGGCAAGAUCCAUCUUCACGGAAGAAAGUAGUAGAGGAAGUGAAGAAACGCGCAACCUCAAAUGGAGAUUGGCCUCAGGUGUUAUUUUUUCCAGAGGGAACUAAUGGUAAUGGCAAAGUUUUGCUAAAAUUCAAACCAGGUGCCUUUGUUGCUGGGGUCCCAGUGCAGCCAGUGCUCAUGAGGUAUCCCAACAAAUUGCCUGCAACUAUCUGGACAUGGAAAGGGAAUGGAGUGUUUAAGGUUCUGUGGCUCACAAUGUCUCAGUUUUAUAUCAACCUGGAAAUAGAGUUUCUGCCAGUUUAUCACCCUACUGCUGAGGAGCGGGCUGAUCCCACACUCUAUGCUUCCAAAGUGCAGAAGAUAAUGGCUGAUGCUCUGGCGAAACCAGCGACAGAGUUUGAGCUAAUUGGAGACACACCAGUAACACCAGUCGGGCACCUGAAAGUGGCGCUGGAUCCCAAAAUUUGGGAACUUGGGAACAUAUUAGAAAAGGCAGGGUUCUCUCUUGAUAGUGUGCAGGGUCUGAUUGAUCUUUGCCUAGAGGGGGUGUGCUCUCGCGUGGGAUUAGAUGAGCUUGCAGAAAAACUGGGUGUGACGCAGCACGAUGUGAUCUCCAGAGUUUUCAAUUAUUUCCACAAGGAUGCCUCUGGCAUGAUUGAUUUCCGAGAGGUCUCCUUGGUGCUGGCUGCCCAGGAUGCAACACGCUCAGCAGAGGAGCUAGCAAAACUUGCAUUCGAUCUCUUUUCUACCUGUGAUGCUGAUGGCCGUUUUCUUCUCUCUGCUGAUGGAUUUGCAGCCAUAUUGCGUUCGGUUGUGGGCUCACCCCCUGCUGAAAGUGGUAAAGUGUUCUCAGAGUUGUGCACUUACACGGAGCUGCAUGGCCUGACUCAGGAUGGAUUUGUGCGUUUUGCCAUUCGACAUCCUUGUUAUCGUCACCUGUUUCUUUUCUACCUGCGCCCCCCGUCUUCUGGUCGCCGAAAGCCACCUCAUAUCCAGCAAAAUGGGGGUUGUUCUGGGAAAAACAACCCUCGGAACCAAUCCAAAAUGGAUUGACAACAGGGAGGGAGGGAGAAUCUUUUAAAGGGGUGGUGUGGGAUCAGGGAGGGGGGUCACUUAAAGAUUACUUAACUAGGGAGAGUAAAGGAGAUGUACUCUGUUUGUGUCUGUAACACGGACUGGAGUUGUAUUUCUCUGUGUGUGGCCAGAAGAGCAUGGGAAGCCUGUCUGGCAGAUAAUAAAGUAUAAAGCAAAUGCUUUGUAGGGUUUUAAUGUGAAUGCUCUUCAAGAUCAUCUUGAAGGGCAUUGAUUUUUUUAAAAAGAAGGUCUUCAGAUUUUAAUGAAGAAAUGUACUGGCAGCAUGUGGUCACAUGGUCUGGGUAGUGAAGGAGCCGGCAUUUCUUGCUUUCUGAAGGAACCGGUGCUCCUGUGAUCAAGUGACAGUUUGGGGGUUGGCAUGAUUGGCUGCUCUGCAAUUUCUGCUUAAGAUGUGGUAUAGGAGCAAUACUCUGUAUAUUUGUUACCUGAUUGGGUGCAGGUUGGGGAGGGCAGUGUCACCUCAACUAUAUAAGCUCUCAGGAAAACAUUCUCCCUUUCCCCCCCAGAGAAUUUUACAUUUGUAUCUUAUUUGGACAUUUUGUUUUCUGACGGUUCCUGUGUAUUGGAAGCUGUUGUUAUGGUUCUCGAUAAU